AUGAAGAGACCUUCAUCUUCACCUUCUUCGUCCAACCCCUGCAACUCUGCAGCUACAACCAAGUUCUUGAUCUUGACCUUGCUUCUCUUCCUCCACCCCGUAAUGUCCAUGUCGGCGGGGACGCCGGUGAUGAUCUCCCGCUCUUCCGGCUCAUUCGGGAAAUCUUGGAGGAGCCACAACGGCCACCAACCCCACCACCACCUCCAUUAUUCCUGCGAUCCCUCGUCCCGCGAAGAUCCGCCGCAUUACUCCAAUCCUCUGUGCUUCCAUCUCGAACGAAUCCGCCGCCGCCGCCACCGCCAGGCCCCGCCGCCGCCUCCCGACGAGAUUGACCCCAGAUACGGCGUCGACAAGAGGCUAGUCCCCUCCGGGCCUAACCCCCUUCACAACUGA